AAGCCUACUUGUUCCAAAUAUUUCAUUCUCCUUUAAGGGGUUUCCAUGGCCCCUGUCUUCUACUUUUGUAAUGUAGACUAUAUGAUAUUGAUAAAUGUUUGUUUCGUUUAAGCAGAAUUGUAAGCAAUUUGGAUAUGAUUUCUUUUAAUGAAAUUUCAACCUUUUAAUAUUUGUUUAGAGUAAUAUGUAAGUACUUAUGUUUUAUACAUCCAUCCUUAAAGCUUAAUUAGAACAACCCUUUAAGCUGGCGUUUUAAACAAUAAUCACGAUUUUAUUAUUUUGUAAGAUGAAUGUAGGCCUACAAUAUUGUUCGCACAUGGGGGAUUAUACAGCAAAUAUCGCAAUUGGGGGUUAUUUUGUACACACGCUAUAACAAUAAAUAUGCAAAUUGCUUGAAAUACUGUCAGCGAUUAUCUAUAAAUCUGCUCUUUGCCAAUCACAUGCUAGGGUUUCGGUAGCUUACUACAAAAUUUUGGACUAUUGGUUUCAUGAAAUUCUCCCUGAUAUCUACUCAUAUCGCGGCAUAAUUUUCCUUUCAUUUAGAAAACAAAUGAUGUAAUAGGGACUACCGAUUACGGGGGGAUGUCAUUUUUCAUUUAUUGUCUGAUAUACUUCCUCAUUAUGAUUUAACGGUUGUGCAAUAUAGAAAGAACGAGAAAAGGGAAUGUAUAGGCCUGCAGAACGAAUACUGUAAGACGAUAUAUUACAAUUCAAGAAUUUAUCAGACGAGCGCCGAGUAGAAUUCUUACUAAUUAUCUAUAGAUUUUUCAUACAUAAUUACUUCUUAUUCGACUUAGAACUACCAUAAUUAUGACAGAUGAAUCGAUCUUACUUGUUAUCACGUUACAUCAAUGUAUUUUGGGUGGGUAGAAAGGGGGGUAUAAAAAGAGGGGAAAACAGAACACAUUCGAUUGACUGUACUCGAAACAUUUAAAGUAGCAUAUUAUUUCCUACUAUUUUCAAGACCUGACACAUGUCCUUAGCAAACCUUGAUAUCAACCACCUACUUUGAUCUAGUAUCAAACUUGCUCUUAUUUGAUAACUCCACUUGUGUACACAACCAACGCUCUGUACCGAGCUGAUAGCAUAAAUUAUUUUGAGAGUCGAUAGGUCCAUGAUAGAACGAACCUUACUACGUAGUUUAAAACACAACCACCAAGUGGUUUAAACGAGGUGAGAGCUGAUUAAUGAGUAACUAGUUAAGAUGCUUAAUCCUAUUGUCUUUAGAACCAGGAUAGAUGAUUAUCAGAAGAGAGUUGAGAUAAUGUUAAGCAGUCCGUAUAACGGCCAGAGAAAAAAGAGGCGUAUCGCCAUUGCAGCAUUCGACGGACCCGAAAAAGGAUGUCCUUAUAAUAUCACGCGCUGAAUCGGUAUAUUAAACAAUAUGUUUUCAUUUGACUGGUGAUAUUUCCAACAAAAACAACAAUAAUUCAUUCACAUCCCAUAGCACCCGAUCUUCAUCUAUUAUUAUUUUCAUUGAUAUUCAAGGACUCUUCAACGCAUACUCUAUUCUGGUUGAUUGACAAUAUCUGAUUUUGACUUUCUGUUCGAUAUUAUCGCAUUUAGUCGAACAGCUGAGAGUUACUUGUCAUCGUCUGAUUGUACAAGAGAAGCUGUGUGUACUCUCCAUCAUGACGAAUUCAAACAAUGAUAUUGAUACUGCUAGCGGUAGCGUGAAAGCGGAAAAUGAAACUGUAUUCGAAGCCGUAAAACACGAAUCCAGUGCGGACACUUGUGCGGAAGAUGUGGACACUGAGAAAACUACAGACACCAUCCAAGAGAAGCAAAAAGAAUUGACACGUGUAGUUUUGUGGACGGCUCCCAGGUCGAUGUCGACUGCGUUCGAGAGAUGUAUGACAAUGAUUCCUAACACGAAGAUUCUUAAUGAGAUGUAUGCCGCUGCAUUCCUUCUCGGACCUAACCGGAAGAUGAGAUGGUGGCCAAAGCUUGCACCAACACAUUCCUACAAACACUGCAAAGAAAGGUUUGAAGCCGAUUACUCGACAUACGAUUUUGUCUUUGCCAAGGACUUUCCUUUGGAACUUUACAAACGACCAGAUAUGCUUCCGAAGGGCUAUCAGCACACUUUUCUGAUCCGAAAUCCAGUUAAAGUUUUCAAAUCCCUGCGAGCAACUUUAUGUUCAUCAUUCGUCAUAAGGACACUGAGCUUUGGGGCUAAGAUCAAGAGGUGCUUCGCAACCGAUGGGUAUUUCUUCCAGGACAUGUGGGAGCUGUAUUCAUAUCUUCGAGAUCAUCCUGACUAUCCUGUCCCAAUUAUCAUGGAUGCUGAUGAUAUCGUUGAUGAUCCCGAAGGCAUGAUCAGAAAGUAUUGUGAGAUCAUCGGAAUCCCCUUCAACCCUGAUAUCCUCAAGUGGGAGAAGGCAACACUUAAGGAUCUUCCCUGGGAAGGUCCUAGGUUCUUUCAUAUAGCCAACUGGAUGGUCGGAUGCUACAAAAACGCCCUGAACAGCACCGGAUUCUUGAGAGGUGGCCGCAGAAAGAACAAAGUUUCUAGCGAGGGCACAUCGAAUAAGUCCAGUAGGGACACAUCAGCGGGUGCAGCAAAACCGGCAGAAGAAGCUGCCGAUGAUGGACAAGAGCAAACUGUCAAUGACACACACAAUGGCGCUUCAAUAGGUAUUGAAAGUGAGGCAAUCGCCAAUGGUAUCUCUGUUCAACAACAAGGUGGCCCUGUAAAAGUGCAUGAGACAAGCCCUUUGGUAGGAGCAGCCGUUCAAGAAGAUCCAUUUGAACCAGACCUAACAGGUCUUCAUUCUGAUGUCCGUCGUGCCAUCACAUUUACAAUGCCAUUUUAUAGGAAACUGUACGAACAGAGAAUUGUCCUUGACAAGGUAGUACGCAUAUAAUGAUAUUCAUCCUGACUGUAUUGUAGAUAUAUAAAUGAUGAUUGAUAUGCAUACUUUUCAAUCGCAUACCCCUAAAUUAUUUACUCGUGCAAUUCUGGAAGAUGGGCCUAUAUUCAAGAAUGUGUUGUAUCUAGCUUAUACUACAGUACUUCAUUGUGAUCCCUAAGCGUCACAGCUGAGACAAUAAGCAAAGUAUCUUUAAAACUUGUUCUUAAAAAACCUAGAUAAUAAAUGUUAUCGGACUGUUAUAUUGAAGGUGAAUAUCUUAAGAAGUAAAUAACGGUCGUCAUUCAUAAAUUAUGUCAUAAUAGAGGACCGUUUGUCUUGCUGCUUUAUUUGGAGAUUUGUUUUAAUUGCAGAAAAGAAAGUAUUUCAAUACUCCUACUUCGGGUCUCUAUAGAACUGUUUCCCUGAGAACUUGUUUUGCAAUGACUUAUAUAUGAGGAAAUCUUUCAUCAUGUUAUUUGAUCAGGAUUUGUGUUUUUUGCCUCGUCUUUAUUGAUAUUUUCCUGAGAUGUUUUAUUAACAUUCUAGAUAUCCUGUAAUAUCCAAGAUAAAAACCCAUAAACAUCAAAUGACAAAAGAAUAUCUGAAAUACUAGAUAAUAUAUAUCAAGAACUACCUUUUAGCAAAGAGGAGAAAGAGAAACAUUAUUUUUCAGACCUUAUAAGUAAAAUUCUAAUUCAUACUUUGGUUUAUUCUUUUGUAUCUUAACGCUAUGGUUAAUGACUGACUUUUCUAAACUACUACACUCAGUACUAGAACUGUUUCUAAAAACAUUUGAUGCACUGUGCAAAGUUGAAAUAGUAACAGUUUAGUAAGUCAUGAAACCGUUUGUGUUUGUCCAUGAGUGGGUGAGAGGGUGUGUGUGUGUAUGUGUGUGUAUGGGGGGGGGGGGGGCACCAUGAGCAUGUGCGUGUGGAUUAUGCUGUUGGAAUGGAGAGUAUAGACAUUGUAUUAUUAAUGGAUUUUUGUAUCAUAAAACUAUAAAAGAUUUGGAAUGUUAGCAUUACAGUGUUUCCGAAUCGUUUAUGAAUAUUGUCAUCAUAUUACCUUAUAUUUAUUUAGGCUACAUGUUUCCUUUAGAUUGCCAUAAUUCAUAAUAUUUCGUGGCACAAAGUGUCAAGACACAUGAUUUUGAUGACAAAAAUUACAAUAUGACAAUAUUUCGUCACUUGAUGUAAUAUUUUCACUGAAUUAUUCAUUUUUUUUUCUUUAUUAAUCAUCUAUUUUUCAAUUCAACUAAUUCGGUAAAGGUGCCUUUUCAAAAUCCUGUAUUUGUUUGGUAUAUAAACGCCCAUUUACUAAUUUUUGGUUAUGUCACGUAGUUUGAAUAAUCCUUAAGGCAAAUGGAGACAAGGUAAGUUUACAUAUCUUGUCAAAAAUAAUGAACUAUAGGGGAAAAUACCCCUAUUUUCAUAUGUAUUUCAUCUGUGAGUGUACUUUAGAAAUUAUAAAGACGCUUUCACUACUUGACUCUUAUCUGAUUGUAAAGCUUGAUACAAAAGACUAGUACCACUGUUAAAGGGAUGGUUCGGGAUGAAAAUAUUUAUAUCUUAAUACAUAGAUAGAAUUUACUAAGCAAAAUGCCGAAAAUUUCAUCAAAAUCGGAUAACAAAUAAUAAAGUUAUUGAAGUUUAAAGUAUAGCAAUAUUUUGUGAAAACAGUCGUCAUGAAUAUUCAUUAGGUGGGCUGAUGAUGUCACCUCUCCACUUUCCGUUUUCUUAUGUUGUUACAUAAAAUCAUAUUUUUUUCAUUAUUUCAUACUUGUGUGAAUAAUAUGUCUCCCUUAUAAUGAAAUAAGUUGCAGCAAUAAAUAUCUAAUGCACUAAAUCAGUUGUCAAUCCAAUAUUUCUAGUUCUUGGAGGGAAAAGAAUUGAAUAAACCUAAUUUCAUAUAAUAAAAUACAAAAGAACAAGUGGGGAUGUGACAUCAUCAUCCCACCUAAUGAAUAUUCAUGACGACUGUUUUCACAAAAUAUUGCUUAACUUUAAAAUUCAAUAACUUUGUUAUUUGUUAUCCGAUUUUGAUAAAAUUUUCGGCAUUUUGCUCAUUGAAUUCUACUCUAUUUAUUAAGCUAUAAAUACUUUCAGCCCGGACCAUCCCUUUAAUUCUAUUUUACCAUUUAUGACAACAAUUCUUUGAAAAAUAUAUAUGAAGCUUAAUAUUUCCAGAACAUUUUACUGAUAUGAGCAACGAUAAUGAAGGCAUUGAAAAGACCGCUUUACAUAUAAAGAAAUCUACAGAUGUUGAAAUCACAAUGAGCCUACUUGGCUAAUUUUAAUGUCACUCAGCGGCUGAGAAUAUUGCAAUUGCGAAUAAUAAAUCAUAAUACUUGCACUAAUAUCUAUGUUUUCAGUAUUUUAUGUUUUUACAAAAAUCAUCUAGAAAGAUUAUCAUAUAACUAUUUCAAUUACUACUUUAAUCUGAGUGAUAUUUGAAAAAUCCGGUAUUUUACUGCAAAGAUUGUCAAUUGAAACGUAUAUUUAUUAUGAAUACUUGGUAAGAAUAAUUGUGCUACACUUCUUCAGCAGUAUUACACUUACAUGUUAAUCUUUCAUGAUAUUUUUCUUCGAAUAUUUUACUUCAAAUCAAACAUUAUUAGUGGUUUUUGCUUCGGUAUGGAUGUUUAAAUAAUCAUGCAGUGAUGUGUAAGAGCAUGGAAACGUGUCACUCAUCAAUCUGCAAUUCGCACAUUUGUCUGCUUCCAUAUUAUUGAGCAAAUCUUCAGUUACCCUGGCAUUUAAUUCACGACAAGAGACGUCCCUGCAAGAUGAUUUCAUGCACAAUGUAUUUGCACUUAUGAAGGAUAUGUCUUAAUAUAUCUUUAAACCGCUACAGCUGAUGGCCUGAAAUUAAAGUACAUUUAUUUUCAUUUUAAAUCACAAUAGGGUUCACUUUUUUACAUCUAAAACUUAACAAAACUUGCAUUCUGUUGGUAUGUAUAUUUCAGAAACGAAUAAUUUAUUUUGUCUCCAAAGAAUGAAUAUUUAUUCUUAAUGUGCAUCAUAAUUCUAAAUCUAUGAUCCAAAAUAGUUCACUUUGUACACAAUAUAACUUAUUUCAGGAAUAUCAAGGUGUGUGAAAAUAAUACAAGUUCUUGUACACUCUGUAUGAAUAUUGUCGAAUAAUUAUUUUAUUCUAUAUGUAUCUUCACCGAUGUUCCUUAACGAAUUUCCUUUAUAAAUUUAUAAAGAUCUACUUAAAUGAUGAUGUACACUGAUCAACAAUAAAUAAAAUUAUCUUUGAAAAUUA